AUGGCUACAGAGGCGUUCCUGAACGAUAAAGCUGGCCUUGAGCCUGAAGAUACACUAUCGUUACCCAUUCAUCCAUCGGCACGUCCUUCUCGCUCCCCAAGCUCGAAAGCCCGCACCACAAUCAAGAACCGCCGAAAACGCUACCUAGACACCCACCCCGAAUACUUCUCCUCUCCAUCCCUCGAGCUCGCAGACCCUCUUGCCUACGACCGCCUAGUCCGACAGUUCCAAAGCCCCGGCGAACGUGAAACUGAAGGUCGCAAAAAGGGAUUCUCGGGCGUGCUAGAAGCUGAUCUGUGGCGUUCAGAAGCCAAGGUUGGCGCAUUGGCCAAUGCAGACCAUGCGGCGGUGAUGAGAUACAGAAGGGACGCUUCUGGGAAUAUUUUGGCCGAGGAGAAGGAUGACGUCCCGAAGAACAAAGAGGAGGGCAUACAGAGAUGGCGAAAGGAGAUGGAGCUGAUGUUCCUAAGGGGUGAUGAUCCGGAUUUUGACUACAAGGAAGUGGAUGAAAGUGAAGAUUAUGAUGAUAGAGGGGUCCAAGAGAGGGAAGAGGAGGAAAGAUGGUUCGAAAAGGAGGAGCCGAGUUGGGUUGAGGAAAGUGAUGAGGGUUCGGGGGGAGCUGAGGGUCUUACAGGCCAGACUGGUGUUCAAGAUUACUGA